AUGCCGCUGAAGCGAACACCCAUCAAGCACCAAGAAUCCACGUCGUCUGCAGGAAGCAAUCCGCCUGCUGCAACACCGAUUACCAGUAAUUCACCUUCAACUAGCGUUAAGAAGAUCAAGAAAGCGCAACGAUUGAUCAUGGAACAGGUAGAAGCAUUCGUCCACCAGCGUGGGCUGGCAAAAGGUAAGCUAACUAGAAUUUUAAACAUACUGCAUGAAAACGAUGAGCUGCCAUCUUCUCAACUGCGAGUCUAUGCAAAGAAGAUAGACUCGGCGCACAAAGAAUACCACGACAUACAGGAGAAGAUGCUUCCUCUAAUUCCAUCCUCAAGUAGAGAAGAGCAUGAUGCACAUUUUUUGAUAUUUGAUGAGCUCCACGAUCAAGUACUAAUGGCUUUGGAAGACCAUAUGGAGCGUUUAAGUGUUGCCCCAGUAGGUUCCAACCCAAACGUAGUCGCUCCGCUUCAGAACCCAGUGAUGGUUCAGCAACCGUUGAAGGUACCGAUUCCGACUUUCGACGGUAAGUACGAAAACUGGUCAAAGUUCAAAGUCGUGUUCAGAGACCUGGUAGAUAACACAGCCGACCCUCCCGCCAUUAAGCUUUACCACCUAGACAAGGCCCUGGUGGGCAGUGCCGCUGGAAUUAUUGAUGCCAAGACGAUCAACGAUGGCAAUUACAAGCAUGCCUGGGAGAUACUGCAGGAACGUCUCAGAAAAAUGGCAAAUGAAAACGGUAAAGAGUUAAGAGCACUAGUGGACGAGUGCUCGAGGCAUGUUGAAAACUUGAAAUUCCUCAAUCAAGAAUUCACUGGCAUAUCGGAGCAGUUCGUUGUGCACCUGCUCUCCGAAGCCCUGGAUAAGGAAACAAGAAGACGAUGGGAGACUACCAUCAAGCAUGGAGAGCUUCCAUCAUACGAUGCAACCAUCAAGUUUCUGAAGGAGCAGUGUUUCAUCUUGGAGAGAUGUGAAACCUCCAAUUCAAAGGAGAACCAACCAGCAAAGAAGUCUGUUAAGAGUACUGGUCAGCACUCACUGGUUACCACGUCCGCCAGCGAGUCAAAGUUCAAGUGCGAGUUCUGCGGUGAUUCUCACCACAAAGGGUUCAGGUGUCCCCAGUUCUUAGCCAUGUUCGUUCCCCAGCGACUCGCGAAGGUGCGAGAAAGGAACGUUUGGUUCAACUGUCUUAGGAAGGGACAUCGCGGAUCAGACUGUCCUUCCAAUGGAACGUGCGUUAAGUGUCAGCGUAAGCACCAUAGCCUAUUGCAUGCGGACAGUCAGCCUUUUAAAGCAGCGGAAAUUCCCGACGAAACGAAGUCAUCCAGACCAGCAGCACAGGUUCAAGCACCGAAAGCGGAUGAGCAACGGCCGUCUACUAGUACACAAGUGACGACUGCAGCUUGCUCAACAAACAAGGGACUAGUAGUUCCAUCGGUCCUACUGGUAACCGCAGUCGUAAACGUGAUGGACAGAAACAAUCACCCACACCCCUGUCGUGUUUUAUUGGAUUCUGCUUCCCAGGUAAAUCUGAUUUCACAAGGCAUGGCAGACCGUCUCGGUUUAGAUGGAUAUCAUACAAACGUUAGAAUUGCUGGAGUUGAUGGAAUGCUGUCUCGUACUGACAAGGGUAUCGAAGUGCAGAUCCGAUCCAGAUACCUGGACUAUCAGCUGAAGCUCAAUUGCUUGAUAACCAAAAGGGUGACAUCAAAUCUUCCAGUUUCAAAUAUAGACAUCCGUUCAUGGGAGAUUCCAGCUGGAGUUCAACUGGCCGAUCCAUCAUUCAAUUCUACUGGCGGGAUUGACAUGCUAAUCGGCAAUCAAUGGUUCUUGAAGUUACUUCUACCAGGGCGCAUCAUACUUUCCGAAGAGCUUCCUAUCAUAACUGAAACGAAGUUCGGUUGGGUGGUAGGUGGUACACAUUGCAGCGAAGCCAUUCAGGAUAAUGUCGUGUAUUCACAUUCGGUUACGAUCGAGGAACUUUGCGACUCGAUUCAGCGAUUUUGGGAAGUAGAGAGCGUUCCCCAGCAAUUCCAGUCAAGCACCGAAGAGGAUGAAUGUGAAAGGCACUUCAUAGCAACACACCGAAGAGAUGAAACAGGAAGAUAUGUGGUGCAAUUGCCAUUAAGAGAUUCACUGGAGCAGCUCGGAGAAUCCAGAUCGUUGGCGCUCCGACGAUUCUUAGGGUUAGAGAAACGUUUUGCCCAACAACCAGAGUUAAAACGGCAAUACGUAGACUUCAUGCAGGAGUACGAAUCCUUGGGUCACUGUAAGGAAGUAUAUGAGAAGAAUGACGCACCAGGGAUGAGAAAGUGGUACUUACCUCAUCACGCAGUUUUACGACCUUCAAACACAACAACGAAGUGCCGCGUUGUUUUUGAUGCGUCUGCUAAGAUCAGCCAAAGCGAUUUGCUUGCUAUAGUGCUCAGAUUCCGGGAACAUCGAUUUGUUUUGACGGCUGACAUUGCAAAAAUGUACAGGCAGAUUGUGGUUGCUGAUUGUCACACCCCUCUACAAAGAAUAUUUUGGAGAAAGAAUCCUUCUGAUCCACUUCGAGUGUUAGAACUAACCACGGUUACCUAUGGGACGGCUUCAGCACCUUUUCUGGCAACAAGGGCACUUCUUCAAUUGGCAAUUGAUGAGAAGCACAAAUAUCCUCUAGCAGCUUCCAUUGUCGAGAACAGCUGUUAUGUGGACAACGCACUCUUUGGUUACGAUAGCCUUCCGCAGGCGUUUGAAGCUCAAAGGCAGCUAAUCAGCAUGAUGGAGGCCGGUGGCUUUCAUCUUCAUAAAUGGUCGUCAAAUAUUCCAGAGCUGCUAGAAUCGUUACCGAGAGAAGAUCGUGAAGAGUUAGUAAGUUUAAGCGAAUAUGGAGCAAAUGAAGUAAUAAAAACCUUGGGUCUUAUGUGGAAUCCAGAUUCAGAUGAAUUAAUGUUUGUAUCGAUGCCCACCACGAACGUAAAGCAGCCUACAAAGCGUCAGAUUUUGUCGCUAGUCUCCCAGAUGUUCGACCCUUUGGGACUAGUGGCUCCUGUCGUCGUUAUUGGGAAAAUGUUAAUGCAAUUGGUCUGGAAGGAGAAACUCGAUUGGGACGAGCCAAUUGUUGGUGAUUUGGUCAAGGGUUGGACAGGUUUCUUACAUGCACUGGAAGGGGUCAAUCAACUUCGGAUACCAAGAAGAGUGGUAAGCAGCAGUGCUGUGGCAUUCGAAAUGCAUGGGUUUGCGGAUGCCUCCGAUGUGGCCUACGGAGCUUGUGUAUAUAUACGGUCGAUAUGCGAAGAUGGAUCUGCAAGCAUGAAAAUUAUUAGUGGAAAAUCGAAAGUGGCUCCCAUCGCACCGCUAAGUAUACCAAGAAAGGCGUUGUUGGCAGCUCUUCUGCUGCAUCGUCUGGUAGUGAAAAUUCUUUCUGCUUUGAAAAUGUCAUUCAAUGAAGUGAUACUUUGGUCAGACAGUCAGGUAAUAUUGGCAUGGCUUACUAAGCAACCCGAGCAGUUGGAUUUAUAUGUUCGCAAUCGAGUGAGAGAAAUAACAGCAACUGGUGCUAAGUUUGAGUGGAAAUAUAUUCCAACAAAGGAUAAUCCCGCUGACAUAGUGUCACGAGGGUUAUCAGCUAGCAAGGUAGCGAAUAGUGAUUUGUGGUGGAAUGGUCCAGCGGUUUUGAGAGAUGCAAUUUAUCGAAUGGAAAUUCCCCCACCCUUGCCCAUCGAAGAAAUCCCAGAGUUAAGGCCAAUCGUUUCGGUGAAUAUAGUUGCGAGGUACGACGAACUUCCAGUGUUCACUAAAUUCGAGUCAUUUAGAAAACUGCAACGCGUCUUAGCCUAUGUGCUACGAUUUCGCAACAACGUCAAGAAAAGGAAGGAAAAUCGCACUUUAGGAAAACUACCAACAGUGAUUGAGCUUCGUGAGGCUAUGAAGACAACAAUUCGGGUAGUGCAAAACCUGGAGUAUAAGAGCGAGAUCCAGCGUGUUUUAACAGGUGAGCCCUGCAAAUAUAUGCAAAAUUUGUGUCCUUUAUUGGACCAUGAAGGUUUACUGCGAGUUGGUGGCCGACUGCGCCAUUCCAAGCUACCAUUCGACGUAAAGCACCAGUGGAUUUUGCCAGCUAAUAAUCCGGUGGUUCGAAGUCUAAUCAAGGCAUUGCAUCAGGAGAACCUGCAUGUAGGUCCGUCAGGACUGAUGGCGAUUCUUCGACAACAGUUUUGGAUCCCUAAGUGUCGCAACACCAUACGACUGAUUACGAGAAGCUGUGUUCGUUGUUUCAAGGUAAAUCCAAAAACAUUGAAUCAAUUUAUGGGAGAUCUACCUGAAUGUCGCUUGGAAAAAGCUCCUGCAUUUUUGAAGGUUGGUGUGGAUUUCGCCGGUCCUAUUAUGAUAAGGCAGGGCGUCCGUAAAACAAUUCCAGUGAAGGGCUACAUUUGCGUCACCAAGGGAAUACAUUUGGAGGCGGUAGAAAAUCUCUCGACAGUUGCCUUUCUGGCAGCUUUGCAACGUUUCGUGUCUAGACGUGGAGUCCCUGAGGAAAUUUAUUCCGACAACGGAACAAAUUUUGUGGGAGCAAAGAAUGAGCUAAGGGAACUGUAUGAAAUGUUCAAGAAGCAAAUGACAGAGCAGAAAAUUUUUGAGUUUUGUCAGCCAAAACAGAUUCAGUGGAAGACCAUCCCACCAAAUGCUCCGCAUUUCGGCGGAUUGUGGGAAGCGGGAGUAAAGAGUGUGAAAACCGUGUUAAGGAAAAUUUGUAACCCAGUAUCACUUACCAUCGUUGAAUUCAGUACGUUGCUUUGUCAGAUCGAGGCCAUAUUGAAUUCGAUGCCGUUGUUUGCACACUCGGAUGAUCCUCAUGACCAGGAAGUCCUGACUCCGGGGCAUCUAAUGAUUGACCGUCCGCUUACAGCGAUUCCUGAGCCCACUUGCGAGGGCAUACCGCAGAAUAGAUUGUCACGAUGGCAAUACAUUCAGGUUCUUCGAGAUCAUUUCUGGAAGCGAUGGUCAAGAGAAUAUUUAGUUGAGCUUCAAGGUCCAGAAAAAUGGACGCGCAAACGUGUCAAUGUGCGCCCUGGAAUGAUAGUGCUAAUAAAGGAGGACGACUUACCUGCACAAGUAUGGAAAAUGGGAAAGGUAGAGCAGACGUAUCCAGGCGAAGAUGACUUAGUCCGUGUUGUGGACGUUCGCACACGGUCUGGAAUUCUCACACGGCCCAUUCACAAAUUGGCACCAUUGCCUAUCUUGGAAAACCAGCCAGGGUAA